GAGCCAUCUUUGUCCACCUAAUCCAAGCGGCUGUUUAUUACACCUUCAUUACGGACUCUGACAGCGCCGGGCUCCAGUAUUAGCCUGCAGGUGCCGCAUCGCCGUAGAGUACAUAGAAAGAGGAAAGCAGGUUUUGUAGCGAGGGGACACAUCUCAGCGGCAGAUAUAUACCAGCCAGUGCUCCUCCUAGGCUAUAUAGGCAGGGAAACGCCACAAUAACCAACCAAAGGGUGCCAGAGGGUAGAGAGGAGCGCAGAAGGCAAUCCACAUCCAUCUGCCAGCCACUUAGACCGCGCUAACAUUUCCAGUCCGGAUUUCAGCACAGCUGUCCAGCCAAUACUACCAGGAAAAUGUCUGCCCCAGCCGGAGCCCCUGCAGAAGGAGGGAAUCAGCCCCCCAACCUCACCAGCAACCGUCGUCUGCAGCAGACACAGGCACAAGUGGAUGAGGUGGUGGAUAUCAUGCGUGUAAACGUGGACAAGGUCCUGGAGCGUGAUCAGAAGCUGUCAGAACUGGACGACAGGGCUGACGCCCUGCAGGCUGGAGCCUCUCAGUUUGAGACCAGCGCUGCAAAACUGAAGAAUAAAUACUGGUGGAAGAAUGCCAAGAUGAUGAUUAUCCUGGGUGUGAUAUGCGUGAUUGUCCUCAUCGUCAUUAUUGUGUACUUCAGCACCUAAGAAGAGUUGCUCCUACCCCAGUCUAAUCCUUCCUUGCUACAGAAAAAAAACGCCCUCAAAUUGAUUACAAAAUUAACCAUGAUAACUCAUUUAUUAUAUAUAUCUCCCGAUUAGCCUCAAUAUAACACACCUAAACCUUCAGGGUCCCAUGACUCCCCCACUUCCACCACCUCGCCUCUGGACCCCUGUCAAUAUUUGUCCUGUGAGUGUGUGGCCCUGUCUCCUUUCUGGGUCCUCGUGGCUUUUCUAACCUGCCAUACAGAGAACCAAACACUUGUGACGAUGCAACAACAGAAAAGGAAACAACAAUUGGCGAUAAUUGUUACAUAACUGAUAUAUAUAGUUCUUUGUAGAGUUUUAUUCUGAAAUAUACUGUUUUGUAGGUGUGUGUGCGUGUGUGUGUGUGUGCAUUUUGUAUUUUUUAAUUUUUGUAUUAAUUUUACGUAUGCUUCAGCGUUAAAUACUGCCUAUUAAUCAAAGUGUGUAUCUUGCAUGUGAUCAUCAUCUGUCCGCCCCCUGCGUACUCUCUUUUCAGUGUAUUUUUGCACAGUGGAGUUAGUCUCCAUUUGACAAUGGAAAUACCUUUUGAUUUUUCGAGUUCAUCUGUGUUACCCGUGUCCACUAAGAAAGUCCAAAAUAAGUCAAAGAACUAAAAAUUGUACCAAGCAAAUAUCAUCAAGUUAUGACAAAAUGUAACCAUAACAUAGACAAAACUUAUUCAGCUUUUCUUUAGCUCCACAUUUCUAUAACUUGAUGCCAUCAAAGAGUUCAAGUCUUAGCUUCUUUGCUGGCUUUCUGAGAGAGUCUAUGCUCACUGAUAUUGAUCAAACAUACAAAUAAUGCAUGAAUUGUCCAACUAAUCCCUCGUAAUCAUCAUUUCCAAGCCCUUUCCAUCUGAUCCUCCCAGUAUCUGUGUCAUUUCUAUUUCUCCAUUUCACUCUAAUAACUUUCAUCUGUAACAUGCUAACCCCUCUUCUGCCUGUCGGCAUGCUUGAACACCUUAAUGUCUUCUGCUAAUUUCUAAACUGCCAUAGUACAGUUGGACCAAUGUCUGUAGAUGUUUCUUUUUUAUUUAAAUAUUACGUAGUGUCUUAUUUCGAAAACAUUCCUUCAUUGCAGUCUAGUGCAAAUGGUCUUACCGUAGCACAUGUAAGUGUACGUAUCUUUAAAAAAAAAAAAUACAGGCGACGAAGCUUGUGUCAAAAACGUCGGUCAUACAAAACAUAGGAGAAAAUAGUUAUAGUUAAUAGCUGUAAGGGAUUAGACUUUUAAUCUGUCCGAAUUACUUUCUUUUGUUAUAUGUGUGAUGUUAUCUUAACAUUACACUUACAGUAUACUGUGGAGAUGUCAUUAUUGUCAAACUGUGGAUAUGGACUUAAAAAAAAACAAAAAAACAAUUCUAAUGCCAGGUGAUAAAACGGGGCCAUUGCAUGAAUCGCUUCAUUUCCAUAAAGCAAAGGGUUAAUUCUUACUGGCCUGUUACCUACAUGGAUACUGAAAAGUCUUAGUCUCCAGUCACUUCUAUUAGUUACUGUAGAAUAAUUCCAGUCAAACACACCCUCACACUUUUAGUGUGUGUAGGGAGAGCUGCAGACUGCAGAAAAGGAAUCUGUUUAAAAUGCACAAACAACCUUGUUUUUGAUGGCGCUGUCUGGCUGGUCAUUAGCCUGGCCAAAGGAGAUCCUCGUGCAGCAAAACCUCUCCACAUGAAGAGCACAUAUUAAAAAAAAAAAUGUUUUUAGCCUUAUUUGCAAAUUCAGGAACAUGGACAGAGGCUAAUGGGGAAAAUGUCAAAUUCACUGUUGAGUUUUAGGUCAGCAACUUUGGGGUAGGCUCAGUAAUUCACUGUCAAAAGUUAGAUACAAGAAACGUGGGAAGCAAUUAUACAAAACAUAGCACUCUUAAGAAGAGUGUGUUGCUAGCGCAGUGGUUCUGUCUCAGUGUUUCUCCCUAUAGUUAAGGCCUUUUUUCUUUUUUAAAUAUAAUAGAUUCUAUUUUUAUUAUAGUAUAUUUUUGUGUGAAACAGACAGGUAAAGAGGAAGUGUGCAAUCAGUACUAUUUGCUGCCACACAGCAGUAAGAUCCUCUUUACCUCUGUCUGGUGUGUUUUUUGUAAUUCAGCUCUGUGCGUUAUACACUGCCAAGCAACAAGGGAGAGGCUUCUAUUCUUAUUGCUGUUAUUUCUUUCAUUGGUGCCCUCGCUGGUUUGGUCUUAAAACAUUCUUUUAAAUGUUUCUGGCAUCUACUCCUGUGUAUACUACCCUUUUGGCUACUUUAUGAGCAGGAGAGCAGGGCAAUGUGAUGCACUUGUUUUUUAAUGCGCUGUCAAACUAAGGCCUUGUACACAUUAACAUGAGAUGACAAGCAACUCGGCUUAUGCUCUACUACCACUAAUGUCAAUCUUAAAAUGUUUAAAUUUUGAUUUCAAAUCUUACAGUAGGCUACAGUCACUGAAUAGAUUUGAAGACCACAAAAUCAGCAACAAUAUUUCAAAAACAAGUGUGUGUAAAGCCUUAGCAGCUUUGUCUCUUUUCAACAGUUUUAUCUUUCCCACCAGCUGAUCAGACCAACCUGCCCCCCUUUGCUCAACUCACUUACUUAAAAUCCUACAGUGUGUGUGUGUGUGUGUGUCUGUGUGUGUGUGCGUGUUAGAAUAGCUCUGUGUUGGGAAUAUCCCCCGUUUAUCCUGACAGAUUAGGCUGCUUAAAUCUCAGAGUGAGAGCACGUUGUUUCCUUGACCACUGAAGUACACAAGCAGACGGGUUACAGAUCUGCCGGCCAGUUCUAUUAGGAAGGACCCUAACCUUUACAAGCCCUCUCCUCCCCGUCCCAUGUUUUCCUCCAAACAGAGCAAAAGUAGACUGCAGAAGAUUACCAAAGACCAGAUUUCCAUGCUUACGCUGCCAAUUGCCAUCAAAAACAAGCGGAGAGAAACAGGUUAUCCAAACUACCCAAGUCGGUUUUACAUAGCUUAAACCCUUACACAAUUUAUUCACAGAUUACAGGACCUUUCAACUAUUACACACUAUUCAUAUAGUGUCAGUUUGGCUUGUGAGUGUGCCAUUCAAACAUAUGCAAGUUAAACCAAAACAUAACAUGCUUCAAAUUUCAAAUACAGUCUGCCCCAACAAUGCCUAUCCAGGUCUGAAGAGCCUCUGAUCUCUAACAGGUUUUUAGACACAUAAUCCUGUAACUAAUAAUAGCACAAAUCUUCUUUUUUGUCUCCAUAGUGCUGCCAAGUUCUAAAAUGAAAAGAGAAACGAACUAACUAUAGCUAUUUAAAAUGAACCUAGAAAACUGUUAUAAAAAAAUCUGCAUUGUUUGGUGUUGUAAUAUGGGGGUGUUUUGGGGGGUAGGGGGUCCUAUAUCCUCAGGUUUAAGGUAUUAGAAAUUUACCAACUAUAUAUGAGGACAAAUCUAUAUUAGCAAAGUGUAGAAUUGGGUUUUUGGCAAAAGAAAAUCAUUAUAGGGUUACAAAUGUGGUUCUUUUAGCCAUCCUGCAGGGGUUAACCACACGGAGGGCUAAAGUGAAAUAACACUACUGAUUGGGGUAGGACUUCUGUGUUAUCUAUGAAUCCAACUGUUGUGAGUGCUCAACCAAUUUGGUCACAACAGGGAAAAGGAAGUGAGUGCUCUCUUUUUCCGUUGCUUUACUGUCUGUAUGAAAAUAAGUGCGUAUAUAUUUUAACACCGUGGAACUUUUUCUGUUGUGUUUCAUUUGUUUUGGUGGGAUGGGAACAUGACUUGGUGGAGAAUAUUGUCUUAUGUGUCAACCUCAAGAAUUGUUCAGUGAUCUCAACUUAUCGCUGUGUUCAUGUCAUUUGGGGGAUGAUCCGAAAUACAAGAUGCCAAAAUGGAAACAAGUGUUCAGACCCUCUUCCAGGUUUGAAUUAUAGCUUGUGAAGUUACUUUCAAACUUGGAAGGAAACAGGCAGAAAAAAAGAGACCAACAGAAGAUCCGAUCUUUCAACAAAGCAUUAUGUAAUAUGUGCAGAGUGGGAAAUGAUCCCCAACGUUUACUGUCACCCCCAAAUGGGAUGAAUGCAGCAAAAGGAGGGAACCUUUUGAGUCUCUGAAUGUUCACUGGAUGGCUAUGAUUAUACAAUAUUCUACUUAAUAUAUGUUUUAUUUUUGAACCAAAUAUUGUGUUUUUCUUUUGCAUCAAUUUAGUAAUAACUCCAGAUGUCACUGAAUUGUUUGUAUGUAAGCACUGAUUGGUAAAGGUAAAAAAAAAUGGGAAGUUAAUGGGAAAAAUGAAUAUUUUACCUUCAAUUGUCCAGAAGGCUUAGAAGGAUUCUACAGUUUACAUCAGAUUGCUGUUUGUAUCUACAAGAUAUAUUUUUUGUUUAAAUCUGUUUAUUUUUGAGGAAAGAUUUUGAUUUCUCUUUGGGACUGGGGUUCCUGGGAUGAAGGCCCAUAUUGCCCCUGGUCAUCUGGCCUUACAGGAGGGACAGGACUGGAGGAUCAUGGGCAAUGUGCUCAGUUUUAUCUUUCUUUUUUCUUCUCCUUUGCUUUUAUUUAUUGAUAGAUUUAUCGUGCUGUCAUUUGGUAUGGGAAUAGAAACUAAACAAGGUUGACUCAACGUAAUGAAGAGACUGAAUGAAAACCUAAAGUACAUAAAAUAAUUGUAGUGUAAAUCUAUCAAUGUCUUAUUAUAUUGAUGAACAUCAUGAAAUAUAUGUAUAUUGGACAAACAGUAUCUAUGACAAGUUGUACUUUUGUGUGUGCUUCACGUGUUUUGUGGGUGUGCAACAAUGGGCAGAUGCAAUUUUGACCGCAAUUCUGGGACCUUAUCUGACCUGUAUGAAUAAGCAUAAAUUUAUUAUCAAUACAAAGA